AUGACCAAUAAAACUAGAAGAUCUCUAAUAAAUGAUGGAUCAUCUACUGUUGCAAAAAAAUUAUUUUAUGCUUCAUAUGUUUAUGUUAGAUUUAGUAUUUGGUACCGAUGGCACGCUCCUCGAGUUAAUUUGCGCCGGUGUCCCCUUGACGAGCGAACGGUGCAAAUUGGUGAGUUGAAUUUAAGCCUUUCUAAGCAGCAGGGAUGCCCAGAGCAAGCAUUGUGGAACGCUCUUCAGGCGCCAAACGUGAAUCGAAAUGAUUUAAUGAAGCGAGACAAAGCUGGACCGAGUGAACUGACAUAUCAAUCUCUACUCCAAGCUUGCAGGCAAGUGCCUCAAUUUUUUAACAGGCUACUGCCAUCGGUGCCGGAUGUACAUCAAACUUCCGUUGAGUUGCUCAAUUUCGCUCGCAAAGGUAUUUUUGUAUAUAAGUAUACGCCGAAAUCUGAAGACAAUUAUAAUUUAAGUUCAUUAUGGAUUUUUAAUCGACGAGGAAAGCCAAAGACCGAAGCACAAAUAUCGUCACCGCCACCAAUGUCAAUAGUGGGAAUGACGGCCUCGAGUGCAAACAAUGCAGAAAUGAGAAUGAAGCGAUGGAAGAAUCUUUACUAG